AUGUCUUUCACAGCUUUGGUAUAUGCACAAUCGCUACAACUCACGGCGCUGCCUCUUCUCCUCCCGCAGGACGGAUCAGUUGUCUCGGAUUCUUGGUAUAUCGGCGCAUUUGGUCGGUGGUGGAGAGGUGGUCUAAUUGAAUCUUGGUAUCGUGAUGCGAUAAUCAGAUCUAAAGAUGCGGAAGGCUGGAGUUCUGGAAUUCUUGGGUUCAAAGCACUAGAUAAACUCAAUGACUGCAAUCGUCUUCCAUUCGUCAAAUCAACAUCCACUCCCCGUGUCUCUCUUCGCGGAUCACCACCCAAACUGCGUAAUCGCGAACGGUCUUCUCAACGAGUCGGUAUAUUUCCCCGACGAAACUCGACACCACCACCUCUUCCCAAAUCCGUCUCUCUUCCUUUGCAUACCGAUCAUCGACAGCCAGACAGCACCAAGCAACCUGUAUCUUUAGGUCACGCUCCCUCUCAUUCUCAGCCAACCCUUUGUGCCGCUGAUCACGCACGUCUCGGACUUCCUGCCCCCAUUGCUAUAUCUCGCAGCUCGAGUCAUGCUCACCUUGAUCAUUCCCCAAUUAUUGCCGAGGUUCUGCGCCAAAUUGCUGUGGCCAAAGGUACUGUGACCGAAUUGCAAUCACAGCUUGGUGAAGCACAUGCCGGUGCAGCGCAGUCCCGUGCUGUGCUCCAAGGUGAAGUGGAUAUGCUGCGUGAACGCAAGCGGAGUGAAGAUGCCAGCCGUGUGGAUAUCAAAGCCCGCACUCGUUCGCUUGAUGAUGCACGUCGUGGGGCGGAGGCCGCUCGCCGUGAUGCUGAGAAGAGACUGAAAGCUGCCCGUGGCGCAAGAGAAGGAGCGAUCAAGCGGGUGGAGCAGCUUGGUGUGGAGAUUGAGCGUCUGUGUGAUACUAUUAAGAGUGAUCGUGUGACUGUUGCUGAGGUGAAGGAGGAAGCGGAGGGGCAGGAGAGGGAAAUUGGGGAAGUGCUCGAAGAAAAGAAGAGGGAAAUUAAAGUAGCGGAGGAUGUAAUUGCUGCGUUGAGUUCCCGUGCAAGAGAGCUGGAAGAGAGAAUAGCGGGGCAGAGGGAGAGGUUCAAAGAAAUGAAGGAGAGAGCGGAUAGUCGAAAGCGGGAGCGAUCGCUUCAUUCUCUGAAUAAUUCGGCUCACAAUGACUUGGGUUCAUGGUCUUCUACAUCGUACAAUCCGUUCGACUUGUCUUCCGAUGCACCUGCAGAGCGCACGGAGGUGACAUCCUCAAAGGGACUGGAACACAAUGGUACUGCUAUAGAGUCGAAGGAUGUUACGCACUCUGGUGAUUUAUCGCGUUCACCACGUCCUAUGCAUCUUUCCCUUGGUGCACUAUCAAAUUUCAGUCCGAAGACACUUGAAGACACUGUUCAAGGAUUUACGGAACGUCGCGCCAAGGGAUAUACCAUCUUCGAUGAAGACAUUGCCUCUUUUGCUCAUUCGCAUGGAUCGCAACUGUCUACUCGGCCAACCGGACGCCAUCAGCCUCAGGUAAACGCACCUGCUCACACUCGCCCGACGUUUUCUCCAUUUGAAGAUUCAGACAGCCUCGGCCCUGGUCUUCCUGCUCACGCGCCUGGCAUCUCACCCAUGUCGUCCAAUUUUAUCCAGAGCAGUCUCAUCAGUGUUAUGGACUCUACCAGUGAACCAAACACGGGUGUCGUCUCGCGUUCCUUCCAAUCGGAGAGUGAUGCGAUCAUGGAUCGUAAUUGGCGUUCGUUGAGGCUGGGUGCACAAGAUGAGUAUGCUGGAGGCGGCACGUAUACCUCGUCCCCCGUUUCUAUCACUGGUCCCUCGUCAGCAUUCAGCGAAUAUGAUCACGAGCAGGAAUCAGACCGCGAUCAUUUCAUCGUGUGCGCAUCUUCGCACGAGCAAGAGCACGCCCCCCUCAUGGGCGUCCCUUAUCGUGCUCACUCUGAUCCUACCGUGACUGCGUCCCGUGGUCAGGAUAUGAGUCCGGAUAGCAGAGCAGCCGAAUCUGUUCCCCGAAGAUGGUUCACGACAAAGGAAAAGCCAAAGAAGGGACUCAAUCCUGAUGCGAAGGUCUUUCGGCUGCCUAGGAGGAAGAUUUCCGACCAGUUACCGCCUGCGAUGGCGAUAGCCGCCAAGAGUCCACCUUUGUCAUACGAUGUCCUGAACCCGACUGGUUUGAUAUCGACCACGUCGUCUUCUUCGACGCCGAGCUCGCUCCUGCGUGCGUUUGCGCCUUCACCGGCUGAGCGCGAGGUUUUGCACCGCGCACUGGGAGGAUCGACCAACACCAGUUUGGAGAGACUGCCAAGCUUGAGCGAUGUGGGGAGCAUACCCUCCUCACCUGUGCUUGUUCAUGCUCCGGCACAGUCUCAGUCUCAUUCACAUGCUCUGGGCUCCAGCACGGGCAUUUCGAACGGGCUUGUGAAUGCACAUUCGCACGCUCGAUCCGGUGGAGCGGUUGUUGUCCCGCCGAUGCCUAGUGGUGACUUUGGGAGGGGGGUGCUUCCGUCGUGGUUGCAGGCUCUGCCGAUGAUGCAAAAGACGAACUUUAGUCCAUGGGACGACGAGGAGGAUGAUUCUUCUGAGGGGAGUUUGGAGAAGAGGAAGUAAAGUGUGUUGGUCGUGUCUUCGCCGAUUUUGAAAGGGGGGGGAGGCCUGGUGUAAACGUGUGUACGUCGAGGUGUUGAGGUUCUAUGACAACGGCGAUAGAUCAGCAAACAUCUCUUUGGAUGGCUGUAAUAUUUUCUUUAUUGUGCUGUAUCUCUCAAGAAAGAGGAUGGACGGGGAGAGUGGGGGGAGAGGGGGUGUGAAGGAAGUGCUACCUGGCUCACCGGUCGAGUACUGGGCUGCUUUUUGCCAUAUAUAUAGUACAAUCCAACAAUUGAAUGAUUAUGAACCGAACGAUU